AAGCGUAACUAAGGAGGGAGGAAUCUGGCUCGGAGCCAAUUUGGAGUUCGGUCCGUCCAAGGACGACGCCCUUCGCUUCUUCUUCUUCGCGUCCGGGUGCCAAAAGUGUCUUUCGUGAGCGCGGGGUGGACGCUGCGUCCUUGGGAGGAUGAGCGAGGAGCCGAGAGGCUGGGUCGAGAGGGUGACGGAGGUCCCGCCGAAUCCGGUGGAUGUGUAUCGGCACAGUCCCGUGAGACUGCUGGGUUACGCGAACGAAGUCGGCGAAGCGUUUCGAGCCCUGGUCCACGUGAACUGGGUCAGACUCUCCUACGUCAUCGCCAGCACCUACGUCCUUGCCGACACGCUCGACAAAGCCCGCCGAGUCGCCCAGAGCAGCAAGACCUCCCCCCUCGCCCUCCGCCGCACCCGCAUCACCCACUCCGCGAUCGACACCCUCCUCUGGCAGUCCUUCGCGUCGGUGCUGAUCCCGGGCUUCACGAUCAACCGGCUCUGCGCCCUGGCCCGUCUCCUCCUCCGGGCCCGGGCCAAGGCCCACCCUUGGGCCCACCGCUGGGCCCCGACCGCCCUGGGCCUCGCCGCCAUCCCGUUCAUCGUCCGGCCGAUCGACGCCGCCGUGGACCGGGCCAUGGACUUCGGCGUCCGACCGUUCUUCCGGGACUAGUCACCGUCGCACCGUCACCGUCGCACCGUCACAGUUCUUCGUCGGCGACUGAGGCGCGAAGAUAGCAGGAAUAAAGGUGGCAUUCCUUCCAGG